CAAUAAGCCAUAACUCAUAAUCGACUUCGUGGUUUUUUUUCUAUUUUAAUCAAAUUUUCUUUAAAAGGAAAAAAAUAUAAAAAUCAGAAUCCGCCAAACAACAGCAAGGUGCGAGGAGGAGGAGAAGAAGCAUAGUAUCAUGGGAAGGGAAUAGCUGGAUUCCUGAGAAGACGACGCAGGAGACUCUGGAUUUCAGGCCAACAUCUUUACUCACUUUAUAAUUACCUAACUUAAACCCUUAGUCCUUAUCUCUGUCUCUCCCAAUUUUUUUCUUCUCUUUUCUUUAAUUAACAUUGGCGGAUUCUAUUCUGGAGGCAAAGCAAGAGAGGAAUUUGAAUGCAAGGAAAUAUGGAUACGACGUCGUCUAUUCGAUCUAUUUAUCGGGCCGUCGAGGAGAUCAUGAGAAUUCACAGAUCGUUACCGACGAGACCUGGGAUCGACGAGGUGGAAGCCGCCAAGGCAUUGAUUCAAAAUGUUGACAAAGAAGACCAGGCGAGACUUGAAUCCAUUUCCAGGCAAACUAAGAGCCCUGAUGUACCGGAAGAGCUUUUUACAAUCUUGCAGGAGAUGCAGAAGAAUUUGGUUUAUUUCCAGAGCAAGGAGCAGAAGAGGGAGGCUUUGAAAUUGCUCGAUCUCGAAAGUGUUCAUGCUCUGUUCGAUGAAUUUAUCCAGAGAGCUUCCAAAUGCUUGCCUUCUUCUUCUUCUUCUUCAACCGUGUCCCCUUCUUCGUACUCCAAUUAUGCUGACGGCUCUGCUUCCACAGUUUCUAGCAGCAGUUUCUCUAGCGCCAGUGCGCUAACUUCCGUUAACAAAUCCUCUGUUGCUGCACCCUCAAACUUGUACUAUUCUGAGCAAAACCCUGCGAGGACUGCGGAAUUUUUUACCCGAGAUGAUAGUUAUGUGAAGAAAGCCAAGUCGUCAUUUUACUCUGAUGGAAUUGGCAUUUCGUCUAAGCCCCAGAUAGUGGAUUCCACUCUAAAAACUACUGUAACUACUACUGGUCAAGAUGGUGACAAGUUGAGUCUAAUAAAGCUUGCUAGUUUAAUUGAAGUCUCUGCCAAGAAAAACACUAGAGAUCUCAAUCUCCAAAACAAAUUGAUAGAUCAGAUUGAAUGGCUACCAGACUCAAUAGGCAAGUUGUCAAACUUGGUUUCACUAGAUUUGUCUGAGAACAGGAUAGUGGCCCUGCCAGCCACUAUUGGAGGCCUUUUGUCCUUGACAAAGCUGGAUUUGCAUUCUAACAGAAUUGCUGAACUCCCAGAAUCUAUUGGAGAUAUUCUUAGCCUAGUUUUUUUGGACCUGAGGGCUAACCAGUUAUCAUCUCUGCCUUCUACGUUUAGCAGAUUGGUACGACUUCAAGAGCUUGAUUUGAGCUCAAAUCGGCUAUCUUCGCUCCCUGAAUCGAUUGGUUCACUUAUUAGCCUGAAGAAGCUAAAUGUGGAGACCAAUGAUAUUGAAGAAAUUCCUCAUACAAUUGGUCGAUGUUCUUCGCUAAGGGAGCUUCAUGCGGAUUAUAACAGGCUUAAGGCACUCCCAGAGGCUGUAGGAAAGAUAGAAACCUUAGAGGUUUUGUCUGUGCGCUAUAAUAACAUCAAACAGCUACCUACAACUAUGUCAUCGCUAUCAAACCUGAAGGAGCUCGAUGUGAGUUUCAACGAGCUUGAGUCGGUGCCUGAGAGCUUGUGUUUUGCCACCUCACUUGUCAAGAUGAAUAUAGGAAACAAUUUUGCUGAUCUACAGUCCCUACCAAGAUCUAUUGGGAACCUUGAGAAUCUUGAAGAGCUGGAUAUUAGCAAUAACCAGAUACGUGUCCUUCCAGACUCUUUCCGGAUGCUAACACGACUACGUGUCCUACGUGUAGAAGAAAAUCCUUUGGAAGUGCCACCAAGACAUAUAGCUGACAAAGGUGCUCAGGCUGUUGUUCAAUACAUGGUUGAGCUUGUUGAAAAGAGGGAUGUCAAGACACGAGCCAUGAAGCAGAAAAAGAGUUGGGCUCAGAUCUGCUUCUUUUCGAGGUCUAACAAAAGGAAGCGCAGUGGCAUGGACUAUGUGAAAGCUUGAUUGCUGCAAAUGUAACAAGAUUAUGACAGGACCUUUAUGUUGGGUAAAUUGCUGGAAAAUCUUCAUCAUGUCCAAUUCAUUAAUAUAAUUAGAAUCACGAUAUUUUGUAAGUAUCAUAAAGAUUUUGCUAGGGUCUUUGCUUGAAUCUUUAGACAAUGGUUAGGCUGGAUUGUACAGAGGAAGGAAAAGAAGAGAGGGGGGGUGGGGGGUGGGGGUGGUGUUCUUGGGGGAUGGUUAGCAGAAUUUUAACAAGGCACAGCUGUUACUAAAGCAAAUUUUGAUGAAGUCAUGCUGCAAGAGACUCGUGUGUUUUUGUUUUGUUUUUUGUGUUUCUUACAGGGAUUUGGCAGUUUAUAAAGCAGAGAUCCUAGUGCAACUAAAAAUCUAUCAAUCAAACAGGGGACUCGGUUUGUAAAUCAUGGCUCUUACUCUUGCUUCUCAAAUUGUAGUUUUACUUUUUUGUCCCCCUUUUAUUUAUUUAUUAUUUUGUAUUAAUUGCUAACAAUUUUACUGCAUUUGUAACUGUUGUUCUUGAACUGUAAUGAGGUGUACAAUUCAGCCGGCAGAUAGGAGGGGAAGAAUAUACUGUUCUCUGUGUCCAUCAUUGUUGUGUGAAGUUUGACUUGAGUUUUUGUUUUCACCACUUCAAUAUAAUCCCUUUCCUUUGAAUCA